ACGCGUGGAGGAAUAGCGGACACCACCAGCCGGCCGAUCUCCAUGUAUAAGAUGGAUUACUCCUACCUGAACUCCUAUGACUCCUGCAUGGCGGCCAUGGAAGCGUCGGCCUACGCGGACUUCAGCUCCUGCAGCCAGGCCAGCUCCUUCCAGUACAACCCCAUCCGGAGCGGACCCUUCUCCAAUCCGGGAUGCACCCCGCUCAGCACGGCUAGCUGUACUCUGGGAGCCCUGAGGGACCACCAGCCGGCUCCUUAUUCAUCAGUUCCUUACAAGUUCUUCUCAGACCCUUCGGGCCUGAAUGAGAAACGAAAGCAGAGGCGCAUCCGAACCACAUUUACCAGCUCCCAGCUAAAGGAGCUGGAACGAGUCUUUGCAGAGACCCACUACCCGGACAUUUACACCCGAGAAGAACUGGCCCUGAAGAUAGACCUGACAGAAGCCAGAGUACAGGUGUGGUUUCAGAACAGGCGUGCCAAGUUCCGUAAGCAAGAACGUGCCGCCAACGCCAAAGCCAACAGCUCUGGCGGCCCAGGGGGCAACACUGCUACCGGCGGUUCUGCAGGAAAGAAAGUCGGAGAGGCCAGAUCUUCAUCAGAUGACGACGAGUCCAAAGAAUCCACCUGCAGCCCCACGCCCGACAGCACGGCGUCCCUGCCCAGCUCGGCCAACGGCAACCUGGGCAGCCCCUCCAGCCUGAGCCCCAGCCCGGCUCCGACCAACAGCGGCUACGCCUCCAGCUCUCCGGUUCUACAGGGCCUCAAAGCGCCCAGCUGGUCCAGCCUGGGGCCAUCUAACCCGGCUGUGGCUCAGCCCGCCGCCCAGACGCAGGAGAUUCUGAAGGCCUGGCAGCCGGCGGACAGUAUGACGGGGCCUUUUGCGGGAGUCCUGUCCUCGUUCCACAGAAAACCCAACGGCACCAUCAAGACAAACCUGUUCUGAAGCACACAGAAGGAGCAAAAUCAAUAGAGAUCUUCUACAACUUGGGACAGUCGGGAUGUUUUUUGGGGGCUGAUCUGACUC